UGAGUUGAGGUACUGCAAUCCAUUCCCUUGGUUGCCCCCGGAUACCCAAGGCAGAAACACCUUUCCCUUGGGACAUCUGCAGCAGCUCACUCGCCUGCAUUUGUCCAAAGCCCUUCUACUCCCCUCGCUACCAGACGAGCUCUCCCAGCUGCACAACCUGCAGUCUUUGCAUGUGGCCAACCAUCAUCAACUGUCUGGGAAGCUGCCUGGGUGGAUCUUCAGCCUCACAGACUUGACUUCAUUGACUAUUUCUGGAAACAGCUUUUCAGGCUCCAUUCCAGACGCAAUUAGCAACCUCAAGCAGCUACGGGAGUUAUGCCUUGGGGAGCAAAUGCUCUCAGGGCCCAUACCUGAGUCAAUCGGAGCUCUCACCAACCUGGAACUCAUAUGGCUGGAAGGCAACGGUCUGAGUGGCACCAUUCCGGCCUCCAUAGGCAACCUCUCCGCACUCACCACCCUGAAGCUCGUCCGCAACAAUCUCUCAGGCUCCAUUCCAGAGGCAGUGAGCAGCCUUAAGCAGCUGAGGGAGUUGGACGUCAACCACAAUGAUCUCUCGGGCUCCAUUCCAGAGGAGAUUGGCCACCUCAGGCAGCUAUGGGAGCUGAAACUCAACGACAACCGUCUUGCGGGGACGAUACCUGCUGCAAUCACCAUACUCACUAAUCUCGCAUACCUGCACCUUGACAACAACCAGCUUACGGGAGAGCUGCCCUCCUUCCACCACAUCACCCACCUCACAUCGCUACACAGGCUGUCUGUUGCCUACAACUACCUCACAGCCACAGCAGACGCCUUCCCGUUCAACACCACCAGCCCAGACCCAGACGACCCCUCAGGAGGCCACAGCUCGUGCGUAUUCACCCACAACUGCCUUGAGUGGGUCUACUGCGGCCACGGGCUGAACCAGAGGCGUGACAGUGAGUGCCGGGCGUUCUGUGGGGUGCAAGUGCAGCCGCUCAGAGAGCAGAGGCUGACCCCCCCGUGCAGCGGGCAUGGCGUGUGCUCCUUGGUGCCGGACCCGUCUCACGCCAUGUCUCCGUGUGAUGAAGACGAGGAGUUCUGGCCACCCCACUGUGAACCUGUGGGGCAGUGCACCUGUGAUGACGGGUACACGCCAGGGACUGCUGCUGGCACGUGCGUCUCUCACGAUACCCUGCUGGUGCCUCAAGGAACAAUAAUCCAAAGCCCUACUGGCCAUCCUGACUACCAGGUAGACAGAAUCAAGAAUCCUCCUACCGCCUCCCGCCCUCUCCUCAUCCAUCCUGCAGGCACCAACUUACCCUUUGAGCCGCCAGGCACUACCAUCGUGGGGGUGAUUCUGUAUGAUCUCCAGGCGCCUAAAAACCUGCUGCUGCUCUUGCUCUUUCUUCCACCGCUGUUGCUGGCCUUCUCACUGCCACAUCUUCUGAGGCGCCUCAGGAAUCGACCCCCCACGCGCUACUUCUUUUCGAAGAGAGCCCUCGCUGCCCUGCAAGCUUCCAUGGAUGUGGAGAUCACUUGCUAG